ACCCUUGGCCCAGAUUCCCUGGAAUCCUGGCCUCCCCUAGGCACCCUGAGGCACUGGCAGAUGAAGAUAUCAGAGUACCUCGGAGUCACACAGUGCGGCCUACAGCUUGGAAGUCAUGGAUCUUACAGCUAGAGAAGCGCUUGGUGUUUUGUCUUCAUUUAACAAACAUUAAUUGAAAGCCUCCUGUAUGCCAUGUCCUUACCUAUGGAGCACUUGCUAUGAGCCUGGUACUGUUCUAAGCACUUUACAUGUAUUAACUCAUUUAAUCAUCUCAGUAACUCUAUGUAGUAGGAAGUAUCACUAUCCUCAUUUUUACCAAGGCCCAGAGAGGUUAAGUGACUUAUCCAAGGUCACACAACCAAUAGCUUUUAAAAUCUUCAAGCUGUCUCUCCAACACCCUCUUGCUUUGAGCCCCACUCACCAUCUUGUUUUAAGAGUUUUUGUUGAUCCCAUUGGGACAUGGCAAGAGACGCCCUAGGCGAGUCACAGAGCCCUAGGAUUCCUCACAGAAAUCUUCUAGGGGUAUGGACUGAGACCAUGGAGGCAGAUAGUUACUGAUGGGAAAUUACAGGCCUGGGUGUGAGUCCCUACUUGGUUGCUGUUUGACUGUGAGGUUCUUGGCCAGAUACUCAACCCCCUCAAGCCUCAGUUUCCUCUUUGUAAAUGAGUAUAACAUUUCUAGAACCUGUUCUCUCAGGAAUCACGUCCAAAAGUGCUCAUGCUGUGUGAGGCUCACAUUGGGUAUUAGCGAAAGGUUGAGCAAGUGGGUUGAGGCCCCAUGGGGAGUAGGGGUGGGUUUUGUGUCACCAGGGCUGCCCCUCACCCUAAACCUUGGCACCGACAACGCACCCACCUGCCCAGCAGUGCUGAUCUGGGACGAUGCCCGGGAGGGCAAGGACUCCAAGGACAAGCUGGUGCUGGAGUUCACCUUCACCAAGCCAGUGCUGGCUGUGCGCAUGCGCCAUGACAAAAUCGUGAUCGUGCUGAGGAACCGCAUCUAUGUGUACUCCUUCCCUGACAAUCCCCGAAAGCUGUUUGAGUUUGACACCCGGGACAACCCCAAGGGGCUCUGUGACCUCUGCCCCAGCCUGGAGAAGCAACUGCUAGUGUUCCCAGGACACAAGUGUGGGAGUCUGCAACUUGUGGACCUGGCAAGCACAAAGCCCGGAACUUCAUCUGCUCCAUUUACCAUCAAUGCACAUCAGAGCGAUGUGGCCUGCGUGUCCCUGAACCAGCCAGGCACUGUAGUGGCCUCGGCCUCCCAGAAGGGCACCCUUAUUCGCCUUUUUGACACGCAGUCCAAGGAGAAACUGGUGGAGCUGCGCAGAGGCACUGACCCCGCCACCCUCUACUGCAUCAACUUCAGCCAUGACUCCUCCUUCCUGUGCGCUUCCAGUGAUAAGGGUACGGUCCACAUCUUUGCUCUCAAGGAUACCCGCCUCAACCGCCGCUCCGCGCUGGCUCGCGUAGGCAAGGUGGGGCCUAUGAUUGGGCAGUACGUGGACUCUCAGUGGAGCCUGGCAAGCUUUACCGUGCCUGCUGAGUCAGCCUGCAUCUGCGCCUUUGGUCGCAAUACUUCCAAGAAUGUCAACUCGGUCAUUGCCAUCUGUGUAGAUGGGACCUUCCACAAGUACGUCUUCACUCCUGAUGGAAACUGCAACAGAGAGGCUUUUGAUGUGUACCUUGACAUCUGUGAUGACGAUGACUUUUAAGGACCCUGUAGGUUGUGCUAGGAACCUAUGGUGGCAUAUUGCAAAGCCUUUGAGGGAUUGGGAGUGCUGUGGAAGCCAUCAGCCAGCAAGCAUUAAUGGGGCAAGCACCCGCUUUCUACUCAGCAGAGCAGUGCCUAAAAAGCUCAUUUCCCCCAAGCACUUCUUGAUGACUGUGUGCCCUUGAAGACUGUGGGCCCCUAGGGCCAGGCCAGGGACCCUGAGAAGGAAGCAGACCCCCUGAGGCUCCCAGCCUGGAGAAGACUGCUAGGGAACCAGAGGGAGUGCCCUAAUCCAACCUGUGGGGAUUUAAAAAAACUUCCCAGGAAGAGACGAUCUCUGAUGUAAUGAAUAUGAAUUAAUAAAAGGCCCUUAAUGGUA